AUGCCGGAAAUACCGUUACCCGCCCUCCUGCAAAAGAUCCGGACCCUCGCCGGCCUCCUGUCCCAAGAACAAAAGAAAAUGGUCAAGGCCCAGGAGUCACUGACAUUCAGCGAUGUGGCUGUGAAGUUCACCUGGGAGGAGUGGCAGCUCCUAGACCCUACUCAGAAAGACCUGUACUGGGACGUGAUGUUGGAGGACUAUAGCAACCUGGUAUCCAUUGGGUGUCAAGUUAGCAAACCAGAUGCACUCUCCAGGUUGGAACGAGGGAAACAACCAUGGACUAUAUUAGACGAAAGCCAUCGUGUAAUCUUUUCAGAAAUCAUGAAUAUUGAUGAUCAUCUGCUUGGGCACUCACAAGAAGAAAUAAGGAUGGACAGAAUGGAACAAUGCCCUGAACAUGAUGCACUGGAAAAUAUCCACCGGCACAAAAAUCAUUUUCCUUUAAGGGAAGAUCAUGCUGUAUUUGACUUACAUGAAAAAGGUAUGAAAUCAAAUUUAACUUUACCUGCAGUCAACCAGAGCAAAAGCGAUGAAAUAAAGAACUCUGAUGAGCUUAAUGGAAAUGAGAAAACCUUUCUCCUUGCUGACCAGGAACAAUUUUGUACUGAAGUGAAAUUUCUUGAGAGUCAAAAAUCCAACAGCACGACAUCCCAAUUCACUAAGCAUCAGAAAAUUAACAAAAUAGAGAAACCACAUGUAUGUAGUGAAUGUGGGAAAGCCUUUAUCAGGAAGUCUUUCCUCACUGAUCAUGAGAUCAUUCAUACAGGAGAGAAACCAGGAAAGAUGCCCUUUUCAUGCAGUGAAUGUGGAAAAUCUUAUUCCCAGAAUGCAACUCUCAUUGGACAUCGGAAAAUUCACACAGGAGAGAAACCCUUUCAAUGCAGUGAAUGUUCAAAAGCCUUCAGAACAAAGCUAGAGCUCAUUGUACAUCAGAGAUCUCAUACAGGAGAGACACCGUGUUGCUGCAGUGAGUGUGGACAAACAUUUGCCUAUACUUCUUCCUUUUACUCACAUAAAAGAAAACACAAAAGACAGAAAGGUGUAAAUUCAAUCAAGUUGGAAGACUCUUCCACAACAAGUCACAGCUCAUUAUGUAUCAGUGAUCUUAUGCAGGUAAAAAGCCCUGUUAAUACAGUAAGUCUGCAAAUGCCUUCUGUGGCAGCUGAGACAUCAGUAAACAUCCGUGGGCUCCUAACUAACACCACAGUCCUUGUGGGACAACCUGUUGGUAGAUGUGAACCCUCAGCAAAUAAUAGAGAGUUUGUACAGCAAAGAAACCUUAUGAAUGCAGUGAAUUUGGUGGUGCCUUCAGUGGUCAAUUAUGUCUUAUUUUAUGUCACAUAA